CUUGGCUUUACUUAGUUUUAGAGUUUAUGUGUUGAAAUGCCUUUAGCUUUAUCUCAAUUGAGUGCCCUCAGAAUACACUACUUGGGCGACAAAGAUGAGGCUGUUGAAGGUCGCCACGUGUAACUUGAAUCAAUGGGCCAUGGAAUUCGAAUGCAACAUGAAGAACAUCAAGACUUCAAUUGCUGAGGCAAAGUCUGCCGGUGCUGUCAUCAGGCUUGGACCCGAGCUCGAGGUCACUGGCUAUGGCUGCGAGGAUCACUUCUUGGAGCUAGACACCGUCACUCACGCGUGGGAGUGUUUGAAGGAAUUGCUGGUUGGUGAUUGGACAGAUGGAAUAUUGUGUAGCAUAGGAAUGCCUGUGAUUAAAGGAGCAGAGCGGUAUAACUGUCAGGUUCUCUGUAUGAACAGAAGAAUCAUCAUGAUUCGACCAAAAAUGUGGCUCGCAAACGAUGGCAACUAUAGGGAGCUUAGGUGGUUCACUGCUUGGAAGCUGAGAGGAGAGCUCCAUGAGUUCCACCUCCCUAUUGAUGUUUCAGAAGCCUUGUCACAGCAAUCAGCUCCUUUUGGUUAUGGUUACAUCCAGUUUAUCGACACAGCUGUUGCAGUCGAAGUCUGUGAGGAGCUGUUUAGUCCAGUCCCUCCUCAUGCUGAGCUUGCAUUGAACGGUGUGGAGGUGUUUAUGAAUGCUAGUGGGAGUCAUCACCAGCUUAGAAAGCUUGAUAUUCGCUUGAAUGCUUUCAUGGGGGCUACCAACGCUCGUGGUGGGGUAUAUAUGUACAGUAAUCAACAGGGAUGCGAUUGUGGCCGCUUAUACUAUGAUGGAUGUGCAUGCAUUGUUGUAAAUGGGCAUGUUGUAGCUCAAGGCUCACAGUUUUCAUUGAAGGACGUUGAGGUCAUCAUUUCCCAAGUGGAUCUAGAUGCGGUUGCUAGUCUUCGUGGAUCUAUAAGCAGUUUUCAGGAACAAGCAAGCUGCAAGGUGAAAGUAUCUUCAGUAUAUGUGCCCUAUAAGCUGACACAGUCCUUCAACCUGAAAAUGACACUAAGCAGUCCGAAGAAGAUCAUGUACCACUCUCCACAAGAAGAAAUAGCCUUUGGUCCUGCUUGCUGGCUGUGGGACUAUUUGAGAAGAAGUGGAGCUUCAGGGUUUUUGCUUCCUCUUUCUGGUGGAGCUGAUAGCUCGUCUGUGGCGGCUAUUGUUGGCUGCAUGUGCCAACUUGUUGUUAAAGAGAUUGCAAAAGGAGAUGAGCAAGUGAAAACUGAUGCGAAUCGAAUUGGGAAUUAUGCUGAUGGACAGUUUCCUACUGAUAGCAAAGAGUUUGCUAAGCGAAUAUUUUACACUGUCUUUAUGGGGUCCGAAAACAGUUCUAAGGAGACAAAAAUGCGUGCAAAGCAGCUGGCAGAAGAGAUUGGUGCGUGGCAUCUUGAUGUCUGCAUAGAUGGUGUUGUCUCUGCGGUUCUAUCUUUAUUUCAAACGGUUACAGGCAAGCGACCUCGGUACAAGGUUGAUGGAGGAUCAAACGCUGAGAACCUCGGAUUGCAGAACAUACAAGCACGGAUGAGAAUGGUGUUAGCGUUUAUGUUAGCGUCUCUCUUGCCUUGGGUUCAUAGCAAGCCAGGCUUUUACCUUGUUCUAGGCAGCUCCAACGUUGAUGAAGGUCUCCGCGGUUACCUGACAAAGUAUGAUUGUAGCUCGGCAGACAUAAACCCCAUAGGAAGUAUCAGCAAACAGGAUCUGAGGUUGUUCUUAAGAUGGGCUGCAACAAAUCUCGGUUAUAAAUCCUUGGCAGAGAUAGAAGCUGCUCCACCAACAGCUGAGCUUGAGCCCAUUCGUUCUGACUACACUCAGCUUGAUGAAGUCGAUAUGGGAAUGACAUAUGAAGAGCUUUCAGUCUAUGGUAGAAUGAGGAAAAUAUUCCGGUGCGGUCCAGUUUCCAUGUUCAAGAAUUUAUGUUACACGUGGGGAACAAAGCUAAGCCCAGCAGAAGUAGCUGAGAAAGUGAAAUACUUCUUCAAAUAUUAUUCGAUUAAUCGACACAAGAUGACUGUCCUUACACCAUCUUACCAUGCUGAGAGUUACUCUCCAGAGGACAACAGAUUUGAUCUGAGGCAGUUUCUAUACAACAGCAAGUGGCCAUACCAGUUCAAAAAGAUUGACGAGAUUGUUGACGGCUUAAAUGGCGACUCGGUUGCUUUACCUGAAGAAGAAGCAAGCUGCGGCGAAGGAGGAGUCGUAGCAGCAAAUUCCGGUGACCCAAGCGCAGGUCUCUGAUGAACAAUCUUUCCCUUAACCCACUCUGUUUCAACUCAAAGUGGAAAAAAAAUAUAACAUCUUUGUGUCACUGGAAUGUAUAAAGUUGGUGUUGAAGUGAAAACAACACUACUGGUUUCCAAUAAGUUUACUUUUUGAAUGCGACAUUGCGUCAUUGAUCAUUUUUUAUUGUUAACCAGUUUAUUGGUAUGCAAUAAUAAACUGACUCUUGUACAGCUUCCAUCCCCUUCAUAAAAAUCUAGUUUUUGUGUAAGAAUGUAAUUGUAUUCCUUAGUUUGAGUCGAGAGCAUGUUUUUCAAUUACUUGUUAUGUUUUAA